GGGAGAGCACGGUCCGAAAGGCGAGUUAUCCCCCUUGUCAAAAAUUAGUAGGUUCCAAUUUUUUAAUCUUCUGUGAUUUUGCUUGAAUUUAAAAAGUAUUUGUAUGCCUCGCUAUAUUGUAGCCGAACUUAGAAUCUAACAUGAUUAAAUUAUUUUCACUAAAACAAGCGAAAAAAGAUGGCGAAUCACCAAGGACAGGAACUCAGAAAAAGGCCUCAGCAGCGCAGUUAAGGAUCACGAAAGAUAUAAACGAACUCAACCUGCCAAAAACAUGCGGUACAGAAUUUCCAGAUCCAGAUGACCUGUUGACUUUUAAACUAAUAAUCUGCCCUGACGAAGGUUUCUACAAAGGCGGAAGAUUUGUGUUCAGUUUUAAGGUCGGUCCAAACUAUCCACACGAACCACCUAAAGUAAAAUGCGAAACGCAGGUUUAUCAUCCCAACAUUGACCUGGAAGGCAAUGUCUGCCUGAAUAUUCUUAGAGAAGAUUGGAAACCUGUAUUGACAAUAAACUCGAUUGUCUACGGGCUUCAGUAUCUCUUUCUGGAACCGAAUCCUGAAGAUCCUUUAAACAAAGAUGCGGCAGAGGUGUUACAAAAUAAUCGAAGAGUAUUCGAACAGAAUGUGGUGAAAGCAAUGCGAGGUGGAUACGUAGGGUCAUUUUAUUUUGAACGGUGUCUCAAGUGAUACACCGCCUCCUCACCAAUGCUGUAUACAAUCCUGCAAAGACUCAGACUUAGAGGACAAAUACCAAGAGAUUGGAGAAAUGGAGGAGAACACAGUGUUCUAACGGUUACCUGUGUGUCUGCUUUAUACAUAUUUACGUUCUUCACGUCUUGCCAGGCCUCCAAACAUUUAAUCCAUCAAGUAUUUUAUGCUUUUGGCUAAUAAACUUACUUAAAUCUUCA